AUCUAAGGUAAGCAUCGAAACGCCUUAACACUGUGCUGGAUAACCAUCCAAGUUAGCACUUUAGCGGGGUUAAGCUGUUCCUGAAUUCCCCAUCUUUUCCUGUCAGCCUGGACCAACCGUAACCAACGUCAUUUAGAUUGCGUUAAGCUGCAUAACACGCAACCAUCUAUAAUCUAUCAGUCCCACUACUCUCCUUACCUAAGGUGUAUUCAGCCUCCCCCGGACUGCUUUGCCAGAUCCCAUCUGAGGCCCCUCGGCAGGAACCGUCUUGUCGAUUUGAAUCUAGACCUUUCAAUCCAGACAACAUCUACGAUAGCCAACCCCCAAGAUGGAGAGUCUCAAAUCACUCUUCGUUAAACCAGACCCCAAUGCCCAGAUGCGAAAAUGCAACGCCUUAAUACGAUCCAACAUCCGUAAGCUCGAUCGAGACAUCAACCAGGUCAAGCAAGUCGAGAUCAAGACCAAGAACCUUAUCGUCCAAGCGGACCGACGAUCCCAACGGAACCCACAACAAGCAAAGCAGGCGCAACGAGAAGUGCGCGACUUCGCCAAGGAGUUGAUUCGGGCGCGGCGCACGUCGGCGAGGCUAGUGACGUCCAAGGCGCAGCUGAACAGCGUGCAGAUGCAGGUGAACGAGGCGUUCGCGGUGCGCAAGAUCGAGGGCAGCAUCCGGGCCAGCGUAGGCGUCAUGAAGGAUGUCAACAGCCUGAUCCGGCUACCGCAACUGGCAGGAACCAUGCGCGAGCUGUCCCUCGAACUUAUGAAGGCCGGUGUCAUCGAGGAGAUGGUCGGUGAGAAUCUACCCGUGGACGAUAUGCUGGAAGACGAAGAGGAAGAAGCCGAAGGCGAGGUCGAUAAAGUACUGGGAGAGAUCCUUAAGGGCCGUAUGGAGAAGGCGGGCGCGACGCCCAGCGCACCGCUGCCAUCUCACCCCCAAGAACAACCUGUCCAGCUAGAGGAAGAGGAAGAGGAUCCGGAAGCUAUGAUGGACCAGAUGAGGAACAGAUUGGAAGCUCUCAGGAGCUAGAACUUGGAUUUUUCUUUUUUGCGUCCAUCCUUGGGAAGUCGUUCAGUUAUAUUUUGUAUUGGCGUUAUGGUGUAGCAUUCCUGGGCGACGACCAUUCGCCUUCAAUGUCUGGUUGGGUAGAGAUUAUAACAUUAUUGUUUGGGUCGAUGUCUAUUCUAGACUGCCUGGUAUGCAUUAGUCAACGUGUAGACCAUUUAUAUAUCUCAUUUUGCUUUAACAAACAGGUCUAUACAUGAACUAUCUUGUAAGGUAGUUUCUUAUCUCCUAUAUAGCUAAAGCCCCUUCAUUAUUAAGGUGCUAAACAACUGAAC